GCCGUGUGGAUUUACUACCAGAAACCAGCCUUUCUGUCUGCUGAGCACAGCAGAUUAAAGACACAUCAGGAAUCUAUAAACCCUCGCUCACCGCAUUUACUGUGUGGGUCUGAAUUGAAGGACCCCCAGGGUUAUUUUUUCAGCCUUUAUUUUCAUUUUUGAACUCUGUGAAGAAGACACAAAGAGGAUGGGUGCUCAGUUGACUAAAGGUGAAGCCACAGUGGAAGGAAAAGCCGUGGCUGAUAAAGCCAAUGGUCAGGAAAAUGGCCAUGUGAAAACUAACGGAGAUGUAUCCACCAAGCCAGAUGGAGAAGCAGUGGCAGCGGACGGAAAUGGAACCGCGGAGGUCGCCAAGGAUGAAGCCCCAAAAACGGAGGAGGGAGACGGCAUUGAAGCCGCGCCCGCUACAGAGGCUGAAGCCAGCAAAUCUGACGGCGAGGCUGCAAAGGAAACCAAAAAGAAGAAGAAAUUCUCACUGAAGAACUCUUUCAAAUUCAAAGGCAUUUCCCUAAAGAAGAAUAAAAAGGCAAGUGAGGAGGCAGCGGAGGCUGUGGCCACGCCCACCACCGCUGAAGAUAAACCCGAGGAGAACGGCCAGGCCGCUACAGAAACCAAAGAGGAGGAGCCAGCGGCGGAAACCAAUGAGACGCCAGCUCCUGAGGCGGAGGCGGAGCCCAAAGUAGAAGAGGCGGAGCCCAAAGCUGAAGAGCCUGCCCAGCAAACAGAAACCGCACCCACAGAGGAGACUACAAAAUCCGAGGAAAGCCCCGCCCCCGUUGAAGAGACCACGCCCACUGAAUCUUCGGACCCGGAGCCGGCUGCAGAGUGAUCUCAUAUCGCUGUGGCAACCUAGACUUUUAUCUUUAUCCUUUUUUUUAUUUUUUGAGAUUGAAAUAUAUAAAUAUAUAUAUAAAUAUAUAUAAAUAUAUGAGACUUGAGCCACAAUCUUAAAGUUACAGCAUUACUACAAAGUACAUUUACCACCCUUGCUGAUAACGUUCACUGGUUCGCGGUUUCGUCCGGUCUGGUGUCAGUGUGGUGCCAAACGUGGAGAGCUUUUUUUUUGUUGUUGGGAAUCGGGCCGGAAGUGCUCUGUGUUUGGAUUGGAACGACUGAAGGAAUUUCCGGCUCAGAGGAAAAAAAAGAGAGCAGCGGAUGGAAGAGCGUGGCUCCCUGUUCACAGUCUUUUCAGUCAUUUUUCUCUUUCAAACUUCAUCUGAUCCUUGAUUUUUUCAGGGCUGAUGAGGGAAAUGACAAAUUGUCCUCUUAGGAGAUGGUUUAAGGACAAUGUAAAACUACAAACAAACAAACAAAAAAGAAAGAAAAUACAAAAAAAAAAAAAACUUUUUUAAAGUGUUUAAAUAGCUCUACAUUCCAAUUUUAGCCCUGAAAGCCGUAGGGGUUUGAGAAGAUCUGGGCGAGUGAAUAUAGGUUUUAGUCUUAUAGUCUGUUUUUAAUGAUGUUUUACAGUUUUAAUCAGAUCCAGCUACACAUUUCAAAGUUUACGACAAAGGGGAAUUAAACCACUGCUUUUAUCAAAUAUAUAUUUUUGUUCUGUUAAGUCUCUGUACAUACAGUUUUUUUUCUGACUCUUUAUUUUGCUAACAUUUCCAGGUGUUAAUAAGAUGUUGUACGAUUAGGCCAAAUAAAUGUUUGACCCCCCUUG